AUGCGCCUCGGGGCCGCAGGCACUCGGAGGGAGCUGCGGGCGCUGCCCUCCCGCCUGCCGCAGGUGCUGCCGCUGCCGCCGCCCCGGGAGAGGAGUCGCCGUGGGCUUGGCCGGCGGCCGCUGAGGCCGGGCAGGAGCCGGCGCAGCGAUGCAGCCAUUGUGAUCACUGAGCAGCCGGUGUCGGUGGCCGUGCCCGUGGGACACAGCUUCAGCCUGCGGUGCCGAGCCCAGGGGUGCACGGCGCUGUGGUACCAGUGGUUCUGCCAGCACCAGUCUGUCUGCCAGCAGAUCCCUGGUGCCACCCAGGAGGACUUGCACAUCACUGCACAGCAGUCCCAGCUCUACACCUGCAGAGUCAACGACCUCCACAAGAACUGCGUCUUCUCCGACUGGGUGAAGGUGGAGGUGCACCAGUGUGUGGCCAGAGGGCUGCCCCCUCAGCUCUGGCACGGAGAGCCUCUCAUUGUCCUCAACCCCAGCGCGCAGCGGCUGGAGGCGGGGAGGCCGCUGCAGCUGCGCUGUGCUGCCCUGGGAGUGCCGGCCCCCAGCUACCAGUGGUACCGCAACGGCAACCCGCUGCAGCACCAGAAGAGAAAAAGGCUCUGGAUUGCCCAGGCACAGGCCGGCGACUCGGGCACCUACCUCUGCUGUGCCUCCAACAGCCGUGGGCAGCACUGGAGCAGCGCCGUGGACGUGCUCGUGGGUCCAUGCUGCUCAGAGAAGUUCUUUGCCACAGGCAAGGUCGCGCUGCUGGUGGGCAACAGCCACUACCGGCACCACCCCAGCCUGCGGGCUCCCGGCAGAGACGUCUGUGAGCUGAGGCUUCUUCUGGAGCAGCUGAGCUUCCAGGUGGUGUCCCUGCUGGACCUCAACAAGGCUGAGAUGCUGGCAGCAGUCAGUCAAUUCCUGCAGCUCCUGGGGAAGGGAGUCUAUGCUGUCUUCUACUAUGCUGGGCAUGGCUAUGAACAUCUGGGGAGGAACUACAUGGUGCCUGUUGAUGCUCCCCAGCCCUACAGCCCUGAGCACUGCAUCAGUGUGCAGAGGGUCCUGCAGAAGAUGCAGCAGCAGCAGACAGCCCUGAACCUCGUCCUGCUGGACACCUGCAGGAAGUGGUACAGCCCCGGGGGUGCCCUGUCGCAGGUGCAGCCACUGCAGCCCUGGGGCAACACAGUCUAUGGCUAUGCCACGAGUGAGGAUGCAGAGGCCUAUGAGCUGCAGGAUGGGCAGCUCAGCUUGGGCAUCUUCAUGCAGUACCUGAAGCAGCACAUCCUGCAGGAGAAGAAGGUCACACACAUGCUGGAGGAUGUCUUGGAGGCCGUGGGGCAGGACCCGCUGGUGGCCGGCAGGCAGGUGAUGGAGAUCAAGCACUCGCUGAAGGAGCCGCGGGCCCUGACAGACCCCCUGCGCCCCGCCGCGGCGGUGGCCCAGCGCCGGGGGCACGGCCGCGAGCUGCCGAGCCGGGUGCUGACCUUCCCCUGCGGGGCGGCGGCGGAGCUGCACUGCCACCGCCUCUUCUCCAACGUGCUGCUGCUCUGUGCCAAGCUGCUGCCCGCCCCGGCGCGCCUGGCCGAUGCCCACCUGCUGCUCCCCUGGCCCUCAGACAGGGAGAGCCUGGCCCCCACCUGGCAGAGCCCCCCGGAGCUCCUGGGCUCCCUGCUGGCCCCUGGGUGCCAGCAGGGGAUGGACUGCACCCUGCAGCUGCCUGCCCUGCAGAAGGCUCAGGCAGACGUGGUGCUGCAGCUGGAUCUGCACUACAGGCAGCGGGGCAGCGGGCAAAGGACUCGGGAGAGCCUGAGGAUGACCCUGCAGAGAGCCCUGCUGGGGCAGGGCUGCGGCCAGGGCGCUGCAGCUGCCGCCCAGGAGUGGCUGCAGCAGGCGGCGGUGCUGAGCACCGAGCCCCAGGGCCAGGCAUCUCUGAGCACAGGCUCUGGGCACAGCCUGCCCAGCAGCAGCCGCAGCCACAGCAGCAGCCAGCCUGAGGAGAAUGAUGAAAGUGACCUGAGCCAGCUCUGCACUGCCCUGUGGCAGGCUGGCACUGGGCACGGCUGCCCCUGACCCUGCUGGGCAUGGCUGGCAUCCAUGGGAC